GGCUAUUCUUUCUUUGAUGCAAUGUAAUGAAGGAAUUAACCUGUAGUCUUCUCCACGAAGACAGGUCUUCUUCUCUAGAAGAUACGUCCACCGGCCAUGGCGGAUCUGGGUUCCUUUGCAAGUUCCCACUUGCUCAGUUUCAUGCUUCGAGAAAACCUGGUUCAAAGAACAAAGAUGUUGGUGAAAUUGACGAUGAUGAAGAAGAGAAAGAUGAGGCUGUAGAUGAUCAGAAUGAGGAUGGAGUUGAGGAAGAAGAUGGAUCUGGUGAGGAUGAACCAGAGGCAAAUGGUGAUGGUGCCAAUGGAGAUGAUGAUGAUAAUGAUGAUGAUGAGGAUGAGGAUAAAGAAUAUGAGGAUGACGACGAUGAUGAUGAUGCUGAGGAAAAGGAUAAAGAAGAAGAAGAAGAUAAUGAUGAGCUUCCUCAGCCGCCAACUAAGAAAAAGACGAGGAACUCAACAAGUGCUGCUAGGUUCGAUUGACCCAGCAACUGUUGGGUUCGAAAGAACCCAAGCCUGCUAGGUUCCAUUGGACCCCACUUUUGAACCCAGCAAAAAAGAGAAAUUGGAAGGGAAAAUGUCUAGAUCUGGUGUUGAGGGAGGGAUAGAGAAAGAAAGAAAAUGAAAGGAUGAAAUUGCA